UGACUCCCCCUUGCCGGUGUCGUCGCGUGUGUGCUUUGUAAAGUUCCAGGACCCCGACUCGGCCGUGGUGGCCCAGCACCUGACAAACACUGUGUUCGUUGACAGAGCCCUCAUAGUCGUUCCCUAUGCUGAAGGGUGUUACAGUAAUUUGAAAGGCAAUGAGCAGGGUUUUUGGAACUUACCUUAAAAGCAAAGUGCUGAGAAGACACCUCUUCUUACAGAAGUCUUAUUAAACUCUUCUAGACUUGCUUUAGAAGUAACUGAUUUCCAUUGUACUUGUGCAUUUCUUGAUUUACUUCUGGGAAAGGUUGAAUUGAAUAAAAUCUUGCAGAUUAAGUCAUACUACAGUGCUAAGUUUGGUACAUGGCCCUGGGUCACACCUGUAAUCUGUCAUGCUGGAGCUGUCUCUUGAGGCCUGGGGAGCUGUCUUAUCUUAUCUUUGUAUUCCUUAAGCUUAAAAGAUACGAAAGUUAAAGUUAAAAGAUAUCCAACCUAAUUCCUGGAGUGUAGGAAUGUGCAGCAGUGUGGCCCCUGACUGAGCCCUGCUGCUUCCUGGGGGUCCAGAACCCCUUCUGCACUGGAGUUACUGCUCCUGCUGCCACUGCUGGAGAACAGCAGAGCUGAAAGGCUUCUUGUCCCUGUGUGGGUGUUAAACACAGCACCAGGCCAGUGAGAUUCUGCUGGAAUAUUCUCCAAGGCCCGUGGGAAUAAUGCCAGUGUUUAAUUCUUCCUACAAGGAUAAACCCACUCCUCUCUUUGUCAGUCUGACUUUGUCCACUGGGGAUAAACCUGGCACAUAGAGAAACCUGCCCAGCAGCUGUGCUUCAGAAAAUCAAAUUGUUAAAGUAGAAUAUUUUACUGGGCCUGUUAAGGAGUCACCCCUGGGCUGUACCUUGUGUUGUUGAACAGCUCAGAAUUUAAUGGCCUUGGCACAUCACAAGAGAGAUGUUCAGCCCAUGAAGUCUUGCCCCUGGGUUGAUAAUCCCAUACUUCUGUCCCUGUGCUGGAGUACAGUUUCUCCCCAAAAUUCAGCCUGCCAGGGUCCCAGCUGAACAAGAAGCAGCAUUUUCCCCAGCCCACAGUGCCACUGCUGAUGUGCUUAAAGCCAGGCCUGUGCUGAAUGGGGCCCUCCUCUCUCUGAUUUCUGCUGUGCUAAUGAACCUGUGUGAUUAUUGCCUGUCACUAAAGCAAAUGUUUAUUAUCUGUUUAGUGCAAUAAUUCCCCCCCUGUCCCAAGUUUUAGCUCACACAGACACUUUGGUGUUGGCUGUUGCUUUGUGUUAUAGAACUAUACACAAAGGCUACGGUAAGGUUUAGUAUUUGUCAUUUUCUCUGGGCUAAUUCCUAGAUUUGGAAGGAACUCUUUAAGGUUAAAGAUGGCUGGGGGGGGUGUUUAGGUUCUUUGGUUAAUGUUUGUUUCUUUUUGUCUGUUUCUUUUUCUUUCAUUUCUACACAUUCAUGCAGUAUUUCAUGGUUCUAACAAAGCAGCAGUAAAAAAAGCUCUUGAAGCAUGAAAAUUAACUGGUGAGGGGCCUCAUUGCUUUUUUUUAAAUUAUAGUUUAUUUAAAUACUUUUUAAAGAAACGAUUAGAGGAUCAGAUGCAUGAAUUUUUUUUUAAUGGAUGCAGAUCUUCUAUGAGGUGUCUCGAGUUAAGUCUGAGCAUUUGUAUUUAGAUGCCAGAAAUGUUGUAGUUGCACUAAUUUGAAAUGUUUAGCUGUAAUUGAUAAAUAUCCUCUUGAGACAUAAUUUUGCAUGCCAAAUGACCCCAUAAUCUCUCUGUAGGUAUGUUGAUAUAUUUAUGCAUUCCUGCCCUUUGCCUCCAUGACCUUUUUCCCCUGUCCCUCCAUAACUUUGGGUAUCUAAAGUGCUGCCAGCUCAGUGCCACGAGCCAGAUAUCAGUGCUGUGUAUUGUACAUUUGUGUAGAUUAUCGGCACUUCUCAGUAUAGGUGGGAGGAACCAUUACCUUUAUUUAACAGUGGUUUUUCUUUUUUGUUGUUGUGUUUUACAGUUCUUUUCCCUGGUUCAGCCUGAACUAUAUACCAGGCCCUGCUGAAAAUACCACCCAACAGUUUUCUUCUGCAGCUUAUCCAGUUUCUCUUAAGUGCCCUGUACAUAUUGUAUGUUUUAUGAUGAGAUGCAGUUUCUUAAUAUGUAUUACAGAAACACUACUGGUAUUUGCAACUAUAUAGUAAAAUUGUUUUAUUGAACUCUCAUUUUGGGGGCUUGGGCACAUUAACAAAUUAAUCCAUCUGUAUAGGGCUUUUGCUGUUGGAUAGAGUAAAACUCCCUCCACACCUGUUUGCCAGUAGGGCCCUGAGCACUCUUGAGUGCAGAGCAGGCAGCGCAACAGCCCCUGGGCUUAGCUGGCUGCAAGACUUUGGGCCACGAGUCCCCUGUGCCACAGCAGGUGGCAGCAGCAUUGUUGGUGCUCUAGGCUGGCACAUAUCGGAGCAAAAUGCAUUUUACUGCACAGGUAAGGAAUGUGCCAGCAUCCCUGUGUGUAUCCCAGCCACAGACACAGCCCCAGCAUUCCCGGAGAGCCGCAUUCCAUGUGACACGUCAGCAAAAGCCCUACCCAAAACACCCAUCCCUUCUCUUUUUUAAGUUUGCCAAAAUUUGUAUGGUAGGUGUAAAAGAAAACAUAGUGAACUGUACCAUAUUAUUAACCCCUAAAUCCAACUUUUUUUGUCUUGUGUAUCUUGAUUUUUCUGUGUGCUUUGUAGUGAAGCAGCCGACACGAGUCGUUGUUCAUAAAACAGCUUUUGAAAGUUGAGAGCACUCUCACCCCUGGAGAACCGACUGUGCUUGCUUACGUUUGGUUCAUGACUUAAAAAUCGAGUACAGGAGUCAUUCCUGAUGAGACUAAGGCUUUGUCUCUGUUGGCACCAGCUAAUGCCGUGGCAGGGCUGCUGCCCGGGGGUGGCCUGCUGCCCACUCCCAACCCUCUCUCUCAGAUUGGUGCUGUCCCUUUAGCUGCUUUAGGAGCUCCUGCUCUCGACCCUGCCCUUGCUGCUCUUGGGCUUCCUGGAGCAAACCUGAACUCCCAGUCUCUCGCAGCAGAUCAGCUCCUCAAACUGAUGAGCACAGUGGAUCCAAAGUUGAACCAUGUGGCUGCAGGUCUUGUGUCCCCCAGUCUGAAAUCAGAUACCUCCAGUAAAGAAAUAGAAGAGGCCAUGAAGAGAGUCCGAGAAGCACAGUCCUUAAUUUCUGCUGCUAUAGAGCCAGACAAAAAAGAUGAAAAACGAAGACAUUCGAGGUCGAGGUCACGCUCGAGGAGGAGGAGGACACCUUCCUCAUCCAGACACAGACGCUCCAGGAGCAGAUCAAGGAGAAGAUCCCAUUCCAAAUCCAGAAGCAGGAGGCGAUCCAAAAGUCCGAGGAGGAGGAGAUCUCAUUCCAGAGAGAGGAGCAGGAGGUCUCGGAGCACAUCCAAAACCAGGGAUAAAAAGAAAGAAGAGAAAGAAAAGAAACGUUCUAAAACUCCCCCCAAAAGCUACAGCACAACCAGAAGAUCCAGAAGCACAAGCAGAGAACGGCGGCGCAGGCGGAGCCGGAGCGGGACGCGCUCCCCGAAAAAGCCCAGGUCUCCCAAACGGAAAAUGUCCCGGUCCCCGUCACCCAGAAGGCAUAAAAAGGAAAAGAAGAAGGAUAAAGACAAGGAGAGGAGCAGAGACGAGAGGGAACGGUCAACGAGCAAGAAAAAGAAGAGCAAAGACAAGGAGAAGGACCGGGACCGGAAAUCCGAGAGUGACAAGGAUGUGAAACAGGUCACAAGGGACUACGACGAGGAGGAACAGGGCUACGACAGCGAGAAGGAGAAGAAGGAGGAGAAGAAGGUGGCGGAUGCUCCCUCCCCCAAAGGGAAGGAGCCCGGAGCCGAGAAGGGCAGCGGGGAUCCGGGCAGGGAAUCCAAGGUGAACGGGGACGACCACCACGAGGAGGACAUGGACAUGAGCGACUGAGCCCGCCCACAGCCCCUCCAGUGUGAUCCUUUAUGCUGUACUUGUUAAUCCUCAACCUAGAUGUAUCCAGCUCCGAGCUCUCCAUGGUCUGUCCAUCCCAAUACUAACUCACACCCAAAGCUUGAGACAGGGAUCCCCGGCUCGGGGGCCCAGCUGGGGCCGGGCCAGGCCGCACGUCCCUCCCGCAGCACGUGCUGGGCCACCCCUCCUCCCUCCCUGCUUCCCUCCCUCCGGAGUGUCCCGCAGUGUGGGGAGUGUGGCACAGCCCCCCUGUCCUGUGGGAAUGCCCUGAGUGUGGCACAGCCCCCCUGUCCUGUGGGAAUGCCCUGAGUGUGGCACAGCCCCCCAGUCCUGUGGGAAUGCCCUGAGUGUGGCACAGCCCCCCUGUCCUGUGGGAAUGCCCUGAGUGUGGCACAGCCCCCCCGUCCUGCAGUCACCGAGGGGCUGCCGGCGCCUCCCCCACACUCCAGAGCCGGCCUUGGAUCGCACCAGCUCUUUGUGCUCUUGGCUUUAGUUCUGGUUUUAAACCACGUGCUGGGCUUGGUUGGGUUUGGGUUCCCGUGGGUUUUGGUUGGCUUUGCCCAGGGUUCUGUGCCCUGACCUUCCCGAGGGCUCUCUCUCUCUCCACCGUGUUUGUUUAGCUCCAUCCAGGGCGAGCUGGAAGGGUCUGAGUGAGCUCGGGAAGGGGAAUCCUGCCCGUGCCCAGUGAGGGAGGGUUGGGGGAGCAGCCUCACCCAGGCCUGGGGGCUCAGGAGCUCACCCACUGCAGCAGGGAGUGCAUUUUAAAAUGACCCUGGUCUGUUUUUAAAGCAAGUCCAUUGAUAAUGUUCUUUUUACUCGAUCUCAAGUCGUACAAACGGAUAAAUUUGUGUUCCUGUCCCGGCCGUUCCCUCCCUCCCGCACUCGGUGAUCCCAUGGUAUUUGCAGAGUAGUUACCCAAAGCUGUUCCUUAGUUCCAGCAGCUCCAGAGCUUUUACUUUUGUGCAGGUAAAGAGACAAAAGUAGCCGACAGUCUGUGCCAUGUCGAUGUACAGUUUCGGAAAAUGUUUUACAAAACUUUGAUAAUAAAACCCUGAAACUUCAACUCCUC